AUGAAUAACGAACAGUUCCGGCGCCUGCUGGUGGAAAAGUCGCCCUCAGGCUCCAAGGAGAGCGCCACACCCCGAAAUGCCGCUCCUGGGGGCGCAACGCCCAGCGCGCUGGGCUCGCGGAUGCGCUCCAGCAUUCCCAUGACUCCGCGCUCAGUUACCGGGUUAGAUUUUGCGCGCCAGCUCGCAGAGCACCGCCGCGAAGGCGACCAGCGACCCUCCAAGCGAUUUAAGUCUUCGGCCGCGCCCAAAGGCACCAAGCUGCCUUCCGGAUACCAAGAUCGCGCUCAGCAGCGCAAUGCCGAGGCAGAUAAUCAGCCCGGGGAAGAUCUCCAGGCCCGCAUCAAGGCGCUGGAGGAGAUGGUGAAGCUGGGACAAAUCGACCAGGCGACCUUUGAGAAGCUCCGCGCGGAACUUGGGGUGGGAGGUGAUACUUCAAGCACGCAUAUGAUCAAGGGACUCGAUUGGAAGCUUCUAAAGCGUGUCAAGGCUGGCGAGGAUGUUUCGCAGACACCGGAGAAGUCGGCUCCGCCGCCUACAGAAGAAGCACCAACCGAGAAAGAUGACGAUGAGGAAUUUGAGCGUCUGAUGGAAGAAAAGGGACUGGAGGAGAUUCAUGCAGUACCUAAACAGACCAAGGAAAAGAAGAAAGGCACGAUGGCCCCGCCGCCUCCCCCGAAAAAGACCCGGGAUGAGAUCCUACGGGAGUUGAAAGCUGCCCGUGCUGCAGCUGUGGAAGCUCCAGCACCACUGCCCGAGUCGACGCUAGGCUCGAGAUUCAAAAAGCUUGGAGAUGGCAAACCCGAAAAGAAGCGUUUCGUCGAGCAGGACGAGAAUGGCCGCCGGCGAGAAGUGCUGCUUAUCACGGACGCCGCAGGGAAAACCAAGCGAAAGGUGCGCUGGCUUGAUAAGCCGGGCGAGGCAAGUGGCUCCGCUGCUACUACCAUGCCAAUGCCAGGUAAGGCUGCCAAGCCGCUGGGCAUGGAAGUGCCGGCCGAGAUCGCCGCCCGAGCCGCUGCCGAUGCCGCGGCUGAGGAAGAAGACGAUGAUAUCUUUGCCGGAGUUGGCGACUACAACCCUCUCGCCGGGCUUGAGGAAGAUGACGGGUCAUCUUCUGACGAGGACAGCGAGAUUGGCGAUGCCACUGCCAAACGCGAGCAAGCUCCCAUCAGCGAAGCAAUUCAGCAACCACCUGCUCCCGACGCCGCUCCUGCCAAGCCGCGCGACUACUUCGCUUCGGGUGCUUCCUCUACAGUCGCUGAAGAACCAGAGGACCGCUCCAAUCCCCUCACCAAGGACCCCACGAUAUUGGCUGCGCUCAAGCGAGCGGCGGCAUUGCGACAAGCGUCUCCAUCGGCCGGUGAUGAAGAGGGCCAGUCUUCCGAUGCGGACCUUCGAGGCAAGCGCUUCCUCGAAGAGGCCCGGCGACGGGAUGCUCAGGACGCAGCGGACAUGGAUCUCGGGUUCGGCGGCAGUCGAAACGAGGACGAGGCGGAGGAGGAGGGUGUACUGUUGGAAUUCGAAGACCAGCGCGGCGGCAAGAAGAGGAAGCGCGGGCCGAAGAAGAAAAAGGGCGACAAGGACAGCGCGGCAGAUGUUAUGCGGGUGGUCGAAGGACGAAAGAAGGAGGCAAACUGA